ACCUCACUCUUUUCAGUUCGGGCCGAGAGUCGAUUGAGGCGCCAGGAGCGUGCGGGGGUUUUUCUCAGUCUUUCCAGAUCCGGACGACAACUCCGCCGCCAUUAUGGUAAAGCUCGCCAAGAAUGUUAAAAAUCAGCCUAAGCAAAAGAAAAUGGCCCUUCCUCCUCCAAAGGAAGUUGAUGAGAGUGGAGAGGAUUCUUCAGAAGAGGAGGACAGCAGUGAGGAAGAGAUGGUUCCCCAGAAGAAAGCAGUUACCCCAGCAAAAGGAGCUGCAGUUACUCCCAACAAAAAGUCAGCAACUCCUGGCAAGAAGAUAGUGGCCACCCCAGCCAAAAAAGGAUCAGCUACCCCAGCAAAGAAAGGAGCCGCUACACUAAAGACGCCGGUUCCUGUCAAAGGAGCAAAAAAUGGGAAAAAUGCAAAGAAAGAAGAGAGCGAAGAGGAGGAUGAAGAUGAGGAGGAUGAGGAAGAUAGUGAGGAGGAUGAAGAUGACUCAGAGGAGGAGCCGGCAGUACUGGUAAAGAAAAGUGCGCUGGCGUCAGCAAAAAAACCUGUCCCUGCUCUAGCUGCUCUAUCAGCUGAGCAAGAGUCUGAGGAGGAGGAGGAUGACGAGGAGGAAGAUGAUGAAGAAUCAGAAGAUGAACCCAUGGACAUCACACUGGCUAAAGGAAAGAAAGCUGUGCUUGCAAAAACCACACUGGCAAAGGUCACACCAGUAAAGAUUGCCAAGGAAGAGUCUGGGGAUGACGAGGACGAUGAGGAUGAUGACGACGACGAGGAGGAAGAUGAUGACGAGGAGGAAGACGAAGAAACUGCGCAAGAAAUUGCUGGAAAGCGAAAGAAGGAAAUGGCCAAGCAGAAGGGGACCCCAGAUGCUAAGAAAAAGAAAACAGAAGAAGCCACCUUCUCCCUCUUCAUGGGCAAUCUGAAUGGAAACAAGGACUUUGAUGAACUGAAGGCUGCCAUCAGGGAUUUCUUUGCCAAAAAGGAUCUUCAAGUUCAAGAAGUCAGAAUUGGCAGCUCAAAGAGGUUUGGCUAUGUGGAUUUCUCCUCAGAAGCUGAGCUGGAUAAAGCACUUAAGCUAAAUGGGAAGAAAUUAAUGGGCUUGGAAAUAAAACUGGAAAAAGCAAAGAGUAGAGAGAGCAUUCAAGAGAACAAGAAAGAGAGAGAUGCAAGAACCAUCUUUGUGAAGAACCUUGCUUACAGUAUAACCCAAGAAGACCUGCAAGAAGUGUUUGACAAUGCCCUGGAGGUCAGGCUGGUGUCCAAGGAUGGAAAUAGCAAAGGGAUUGCUUACAUUGAAUUUAAAUCUGAGGCAGAUGCAGAGAAAGCAAUGGAGGAAAAACAAGGGAUGGAGAUUGAGGGCCGGGCCAUCAUGCUUGACUACACAGGCGAAAAGAGUCACCAGGAUGGCAGGAAAUCCAGUGGAGAGUCAAAGACCCUUGUUGUGAACAACCUCUCAUAUGAUGCAACAGAAGAAUCUCUUCAGGAAGUCUUUGACAAAGCUUCAGCAAUCAGGAUUCCACAGAACAACCAGGGAAGACCUAAAGGUUACGCAUUUGUAGAAUUUGCCACCGCUGAGGAUGCUAAAGAAGCACUGAACUCUUGCAACAAUACAGAAAUUGAAGGCCGAACAAUCAGGCUGGAAUUCAGCACCCCAGGAGGACAAAACAGGAAUUUCAAUGCUAGAGGAGGAUUUGCGCAGCAAAGCAAAACACUCUUUGUGAAAGGCCUGUCUGAAGAAACAACAGAAGAGACAUUGAAAGAGUCAUUUGAAGGCUCCAUUGGUGCGAGAAUAGUCACUGACAGAGACACUGGCUCAUCCAAAGGGUUUGGCUUUGUGGACUUCAGCUCCCCAGAAGAUGCCAGAGCAGCAAAGGAAGCCAUGGAGGAUGGAGAGAUUGAUGGGAACAAAGUGACCCUUGACUUUGCCAAGCCGAAGGGCGAUGGGGCGCGUGGCGGUGGUGGCUUUGGUCGUGGAGGCAGAGGCGGACGGGGUGGCAGGGGAGGCUUCGGUGGCAGGGGUGGCAGAGGAGGAUUUGGAGGCAGAGGCGGCGGCUUCAGAGGAGGCAGAGGUGGUGGUGGUGACCACAAACCACAAGGAAAAAAGAUAAAAUUUGAUGACUAAGUGGCUUGUUGCCCCUUGUAUCUGAAAGGACUCUGGGGUUUUUAAUUCUGUCACUACCAAUAUGACAGAGCCUUCUGAGGACAUUCCAAGAUGCGUUGCAGUCCCCUAAGAGCUACUUGGAAAAAAUCCUUUCAAUGAAGUAACAGCCAUUUGACUGCCUGGCCACGCAUAUGAACUUUUAAAAAGCAACAAGAAAUGUGGGAGUUGACUUGUGUCAGUGCAUUGUCCUAAAUUUAUAACGUUUUACCCCAUGUACAAAAUUAACUUCCUUAUACAUUUCUGUAGGGUUUUUCCUUUUUUGUUUGUCUUUUUUUCUUGCUGUAAAAAUGCAAAAAAUGUUUUAUCAUUUGUGUCUUGGCACACUGUCUUGGGCAGAUUAAAGGGCCUAAACAGA